AGGAUGCCAAAGUAACCAUGCUAGGUGUGAUCCCGAGCAUUGUGAGAACAUGGAAAACUACAAAUUGUACAUCUGGCUUUGAUUGGUCAACCAUUCGUUGCUUUGGCUCCAGUGGUGAGGCAUCCAGUGUGGACGAAUACCUCUGGCUUAUGGGAAGAGCUCGAUAUAAACCUGUGAUAGAGUAUUGUGGUGGUACGGAGAUUGGUGGAGGAUUUGUAACUGGUUCCUUGCUACAGGCUCAAUCUUUGGCUGCAUUUAGCACAGCAGCUAUAGGCUGUAGCCUCUACAUUAUUGGCAAGGACGGAUUUCCUAUUCAGCAAGCGGCGAACUCAACAGCGCGCUUGAAGCAAGCACCGUGGUCAGCGACACAGAGAAGGUGGGCUGCGCGAACAUAGGCAGUAGCAGGCGGCGAACUCAACAGCACGUUAGAAGCAAGCACCGUGUUCAGCGACGCGAAGGCGGUGAUCUGUGCCAUAUUAGCCGCGCUCAUCUUCAAAGGAUCAGAGACUACCGUAAAUGUGGCAGUAGUCGACCCCGAGGCGGCGGCGGCUAUAAUCAGGUUCAUGGGAACCGAAAAAAAAAGAAAAAAAUUGUAUCUACAAACCUAGAACUCUUGAUACCAUGUGAAAUAAUGGGAAAGAGGUACUCCAAUAGGAGUCCUGACAGAUAUAUUUAUAAUAGAGGAGUUGCCAAAAUACAAA